AGAAGUGGUAAAAAAAAAUGUUCAGCUUAGCUUAGCAAUAUAAAAGUCUCAUCUUUUGUCUCAAAAGAAGCGGUAAAAAAAUAGUGUUCAGCUUAAUGAUAUAAAGUCUCAAAUAUUAACUCGAAUAGAAGUGUUCAGUCAAACAAUUAAUGGUUAAUUGGAUUUUGUUUUGACAAAAACAUUGUUUUUUUUUUAUGCUUCCGAAAAAGAAAAAAAAUUUGGAUAUUUUAUUUUUCUUGGGUCAACAGUCAACACAGAAUUGUCUCGACCACACAAAAGCUAUCACCCAAUCCUGGGUUAAGCUAAGACAGGGAAUAUAAACAAAGGUGUGAAUAAUUUGCUUGGUAGUAGUUUGAGUGAAGGCUGAAAGUAAGAAGAGGUGGCUGAAGAAUUUUGAAUUUGAAGUUUACUUGGAGUUGGAGAGAGUCAACACAGAAUUGUCUCGACCACACAAAAGCUAUCACCCAAUCCUGGGUUAAGCUAAGACAGGGAAUAUAAACAAAGGUGUGAAUAAUUUGCUUGGUAGUAGUUUGAGUGAAGGCUUAUAGUAAGAAGAGAUGGCUGAAGAAUUUUGAAUUUGAAGUUUACUUGGAGUUGGAGAGAGCUUGCAAAAGGGGUGGCCAUGGACAUUGUAAUUUCAGUUGCUACUAAAAUUGCUGAAUUUACGAUUGCACCUAUUGGACGUCAAUUUGGUUACAUACCGUACUACAAGGGCAACCUUGAAAGGAUGAAAAGUGAUUUCCAAGAGCUGGUGGGAAUGAAAGACAUUGUGCAACACAAAGUUGAUGAGGCUAGAAGGAACGGAGAAGAGAUUGAAAUAAUUGUCCGGAAUUGGCUGAACGAAGUGGACAAAACUGUUGUUGAGGCAAACAAACUCAUUGAAACUGAAGGUCAUGCCAAAGCCCAUUGUUCUAUGGGGCACUUUCCCAAUCUGCUUACAAGGCAUCAACUCAGCAGGAAGACCAAAAAGAUGUCACAGGAGAUUUCUGAAGUCCUAGCAAAAGGAAAAUUUGAAAGAAUUUCUUACCGUGUUCCUGCUCAAGUAACAGUCACGCCAUUUGGUAGAGGUUAUGAGGCCUUGGAAUCUAGAACAUCAAUGUUGAACGAGAUUGUGAUGGAAUUGAAGAAUCCUAACAACUCCAUUAUUGGGGUGUAUGGGAUGGGUGGUGUGGGGAAGACAAAACUUGUGGAACAGUUAGCAUGGCAAGCAGAGUAUAAUGAUAGGUUUUUCAGUGUUGUAGCUGUUGCUACUAUAACUCGUUCUCCAGAUUUGGAAAAAAUUCAAGACCAAAUUGCUCAUCCUUUGGGUAUGAAAUUUGAUAAGGAGGCAAAAGAAGGAAGAGCAAUGCAGUUACGUAAAAGGAUAAGCAAUGAGAAGAGUAUUCUCAUUAUUCUUGAUGACGUUUGGGGGAAAUUUGAUUUGACAGAAGUGGGGAUUCCUUUUGGUGAAGAUCACAAAGGAUGCAAGUUGGUGGUGACAUCAAGAUUUCUUAACGUGUUGAACUCUAACAUGGACAUUCAGAAAGAAUUCAGAGUUGAAGGUUUACUUGAGGAGGAUAGUUGGAAAUUAUUUGAGAAAAUGGCAGGUGAUGUUGUUCAAGAUUUCAAUAUAAAACCAAUUGCUGAAAAAGUGGCCAGACGUUGUGCUGGUUUUCCCCUUUUGAUUGUUACAGUUGCAACGGCUUUGAGGAAAAAAAAUAUCUAUGACUGGCAAACCAAAUUAAAUGAGUUAGAGAAACUUGAUCAAGAAGAGCUGCAUGAGAAAAUCCAUUCUACUUUGAAAUUGAGUUACAAUUGGUUAGAAAGUGAAGAGCUAAAGUCACUGUUCUCAUUCAUUGGUUCAUUUGGAGAAGAUCACCUGCACACUGAAGAUCUGUUUUCAUGGUAUUGGGGGUUAGGCUUAGAUAGACACUCUCGUUCAUUGACAGAUGCAAGAACCAGAUUCUACAAAUUAAUAAAUGACCUCAAGGCCUCUUCACUGUUACUUGAUUCCAAAACUGAAAUAGUUAAACUGCAUGAUGUUGUUAGAGAAGUGGCUAAAUCAAUUGCAUCUAAGACUCAACCAACCUAUGUUGUGCAAAGUUUCACUUCGGUAAAACAGUUUCCAAAGAUGGAUGAGCUUCAAAAAUACCAUCAGAUCAUCGUGCCACGGAAUUAUAUUUACAAGCUUCCUGAGAAGUUGGAUUGCCCAGAGUUGAAACUACUUAUACUUGAUAAUAUAGGUGAUUAUUUGAACGUCCCUGAUGACUUCUUCUCUGGGAUGGGAGAGCUAAAGGUCAUUGUUUUAUGUGGAAUGAUGUUAACCCCUUCUCCACCACCAUCUCUUUGUUUCUUGACAAAAAUCCAAUCAUUGGAUAUGUCUGAAUGUGUGUUGAAAGACAUAUCAAUAGUUGCAGAACUAAAAAGUUUAGAGAUUCUCAUCCUUGAAAGAUCAGAUAUUAAAGAGCUCCCAAAAGAAAUAGGACAACUAACUAAUCUUCGAAUGCUGAAUUUAACCAACUGUUGUGGACUGAGAUUCAUUCCUGCAAAUCUUAUUUCAAGUUUAACCUGCUUAGAAGAGUUGUACAUGGGGAAUUGCUUUAUCAAUUGGGAUGUCAAGGGAAGCAAAGAUCAAAGGAACAAUGCAAGUUUAGAUGAACUGGGGAAUUUGUCUCAUCUAACUGCUUUAGACAUAAUGAUUCAAGAUGCUUCAGUUUGGCCCCGGAAAUUGCAGGUUUUUGAAAAGCUUUUAAGAUACAACAUAUUUGUAGGUGAUAAGUGGAAAUGGCUGUCAUCGGGUUGUUCUGGAAAUGCUUAUAAAUCUUCAAGAAUACUUAAGCUAGAGGACAGUAGGAGUUCAAACAUUCUUUUCGAUAGCGGGUUUAACUUGUUGCUGAAUUCGGCUGAGGACAUGUGCCUUGCCAAAAUACAAUGUGUUAGCAAUGUCUUUUAUGAACUAAACAGGGAAGGUUUUCCACAAUUAAAGCAUUUGUGCAUUCAAGACAGUUCUGAUCUGAAGUACAUCAUUGACUCAAUGGGACGGAGCGAUUCUUAUCCUGUUUUACCGAACUUAGAGACUUUGGUUCUUGAAAAUCUGUUUAAUCUGGAAGAAAUAUGCCAUGGCAUACUUCCAAUUGAAUGUUUUUCCAAACUAAAAUCUUUUGAAGUCAAAGGUUGUGACAAGUUGAAGAAUCUGUUAUCGUACUCCCACGAUAGAAACCUUCCUGAACUCCACAAAAUAAAAAUUUCUGAUUGCAAAAUGAUUACAGAAAUCAUAUCUGUGCAAGCAUCUGAGGCUGAUAAAGACAUUGACAAGAUUAUGUUCCCCAAAUUGGAUUCUCUUGAACUUGAGCAUUUGCCUAAUCUCAUUAGUUUCUGUUCUAUUUCCAUUGAUAAACAGUGCAUGCCUGUGGCACUAAUUAAUCAAAAGGUUAUGAUGCCCCGCCUUCGACUAUUAAAGCUGUCUAAGAUCAAUUCUGGGAAACUGUGGGAUGACAAUGUUCCGGGAUGUUCUUUCAUUCAAAACUUGAGGAGUUUGACAAUUGAUAAAUGUGAUAAGAUAGCAUACACAUUCUCAUCCUCGGUGGCUAGAGAACUUGUAAACCUGAAGCAUCUUGCAAUUAGUAAUUGCCAAAUGUUGGAGGAGAUAUUUCAGAAACCAUUUUCUAAUGACGAGGUUGUAUUUCCAAACUUGGAGACAUUGGAAAUCUCCCACAUGGAACAGUUGAAGUCAUUAUGGCACAAUCAACUAGCUUCAAAUUCCUUCUGCAAACUGAAGCAGUUGAAAAUUCAAUUCUGCAAUAAAUUAUCAAAUGUAUUUCCAUCUUAUGUGCUUGAUAAAUUACAGAAUCUGGAGAUAGUGACUGUAACUUGUUGUCAUGCUCUGGAAGUUGUAUUUGAAAUGCAAGGUCUUAAAGAAGAUGGUGGUAGACAAACAAGGCUGGAAAUGAAAUUGGGAACUCUCAUGUUGAACCAUUUACCGAUGCUGAAAGACAUAUGGAGUGGGAGUACUAAUAAAAUUUUGAAGUUUCAAAACCUCUGCCAAUUGAAAGUUACUAGAUGUGAAAACCUUAAUCAUGUAUUUCCCCUCUCUAUGGCUAAAGAGAUUCAUCAUCUCCAAGAGCUUUAUAUAGAUAAAUGUGGUGUAGAGAUUAUUGUAGCACAAGAUGAAACGGCUGACACAAAUCCGUUAUUUAUUUUCCCAGAAUUAACAUCUUUGAUUUUUGUUAAUUUAACAAAACUUCGAAGCUUCUGCUGUGGAUUACAUGACUUGGAUUGUCCUGUUUUAAGACUUGUGGAUGUGUUUCAUUGUGACAAGCUCAUAGUGUUCAAGCCAAAGUCUGUAAAUAACCAAGACAUUGUCCCAGCUGAUACACUACCCCUUCUCUCUAUUGAAAAGGUUGUCCGCAACACAAGUAAGCUUAUUCUGAACAGCAAGGAUGUCACCCUGUUAUGCAAUGGUGAACUUAAUGAUGAGCAUAUCUACAAAGUACCAGAUCUUUGCCUGCGAUGUUUCCAUGAUGAGUCUGACAAAUUUCCAUCCAGUUUUCUCCAAAGGUUUAACAAUCUCGAAAACCUUAAGGUGAAAAGUAGUUCCUUCACGUAUAUUUUCUCGAGUGGAAGCGAAUGCGCCGGACAUUCUGAAACAACUAUCAAGUUGAGAAGUUUAGAACUUGCUAUGUUAGACAACCUCGAGUUUAUAUGUAAAGAGAAAUCUGAGCUGCAUCCAGUUAUCCAAAAUAUUGAAACUUUGCUUGUAAAUAGCUGUUCUAGACUCAAGAAUAUAGUUCCAUCCUCAGUGUUGUUUGAGAAUUUAGAACGGUUGCAGGUGUACGGUUGUGCUGGAUUGGAAAUUAUUACGAAAUCAUCAACAGCUUCUAGUUUACAAAAACUAAGACAAUUGUGCAUAAUUGGUUGUGAAAAUAUAGAAGAAAUAAUUGCAAGUGAUGAUGAGAAUGAUGCUUCUUCUGAGAUAGCUUUUAAGAAAUUGGAGCAUCUGCAUUUGAGUGACUUACCAAGGCUAAGAAGUUUUUGCAUGGGAAGACAUGGCUUCAGAUUUCCACUACUGGGUGAGUUAUUUGUAAUAGAUUGUCCCUUGAUGAAAACUUUCUCACAUGGACUGUUGAACGCACCAAAGCUCAGAAAAGUACAUGUAAAUUACGAAGACAAAGAUGCAUGGCAUUGGAAUGGUGACAUUAAUUCUACUCUAAGAAAAAUUGUAGCAAAAAAAGAUGACCAGAACUCAGGAAGAUUGUGUUUGUACUCAAAAUUUGAAUGAAGGCUCAAGAAGAUAAUUCAUUGCGACCACUGGGUGUACCCACGUGUUUUGGGUGCGAGGCAAAUCGGCUAAUCCAUGAUGGCACAAAGCGUUUACAACCAUCACGACGUAUCGGUUUAAUGAAUUUUAUGUUAAUGACUUCUGUAUCUUGUUUUUAUGUUGUUUGCAAAACUAAUCUCUACUGAACUUUCCUGUUAAGUUAAUUUUGGUGCUGAAUGAUUGAUUUAGUAUGUAUGUGUAUGUGUAAUUGUGUAUAUGUAUGUGUAUGAGAUCAAUUAAUAAUUAUUGAGAUUGAACUCGUGGAAUUUAAUGGUAUGCUACUGCAGAAGUUUGCUGCA